CCAAAAAGGCAAAAACAAUAAAAAUUAAAAAUGUCGCAAUUAAACAAAUAAAUCGAAGCGCUUUUUUUUCUCAGCGCGCUCCCUCUGAUAUUCAAAUCCAAAUAUCUUGAGUGGGAGAGGGAUAGUCCUAACUCCUAAACCGGUUGACUAAUUUUCAAAUUUCGCCAUUGACAUACCUUAAUCAAGAAACCUUCAAUCUACCUGCCUUCUCUUUCUCCUCUUCCCUCUUUUAAUUUUGACGUGGCAGACUGAUUAAAGCUGGAAGCUUUCAGUUUGAAUUCGAGGUUUUGCUCAGAAAGAGUGACUACCGAAUCUUGAAAUUAAAUUGAUAGAUCUUUUUCCAAAAACAAAACAGCAUUUCAUGGGUGGUGUGAAUCAGUCUCCAACAGAGCACAGAUCUGAAUCAAAGAAUUCGAGGUUUUGGUUUUGAUUUUGUUGGAACAGAAAAGGUGUAGUAUGGAAAUCAAAGAAACCUCCGAAACUUCUCAAAAGAGAGUGAAAAUGCGCGAUCUUGAAUCAGUUUUUCGCUCCGAAGGAAGAGGAGGAAACGAUGCAGCAACUCCGGAUUCAAGAGUGAUUGAUCUGAAUGUUCAUGUUGGUUCUGCGAGCUGCGUGGUUGGUGUUGAUGAUCCUGCAUGUGUAGAUGAAUCAAACAAUCUCCCUGCUUCUGAGAAGGAAGACAUGCAAAAUAUAGAUGGCAUAAUGAAAGCUAGAGGCUUCGAUUUGGACCUAAAUGCUGCAGAUGUUUCGAGUUCUAUCAAUGAAUCCAUGUAUCCCUGUAAAAUGCACGAGCAUUUGAGGUCCAAGGAUGACUCGGAUUGUGUCAGUUCGGUAGGUCCAUUGGAUACAAAGGAUCCGAUGAGAGUAUGGAAAGGCUUGAAACAAAAUAACUACUUGUCUACUCCUUACGGAGCUCCACCUGUUGCCAUGCCAAAGGUGCGUGGGAGGAAGAAAUCUAGCAGCAAUGAUGUGAUGAAGAAGAAAAUUGAACUUGCAAAGAAAGAACAGGUUGAUAGGUUUGCAAGAGUAGCUGCUCCAAGUGGUUUGCUUAAUGGGCUUAAUCCCGGGAUUAUUAACCACGUGAGAAACAGUAAACAGGUUCACUCUAUUAUAGAGGCCUUAGUGAGGUCUAAAAAAGACGAAAGUCUGCAUUCAGGAAACAGGAAGCGUAAUCAAAUCAAGACUGGUGCACACGAUCUCUCUGAAAGAAGGGAAGCUAUGAAUGUGCGUGGUUUGGGAGGCCAGAUGUCCGGGCUUGCUUAUGGAGAUGCUUUACUAGGGAGAAGGCAGAUGAGUGAUUAUGCUUUCUUUGCGAAAUCAGUAUAUCCAAAUACGGAGAUCACAAGAGGUGAUAGUGACUCACAUAUGGGGUACACGAGGUCUUAUCCAAGAGUGACUUCAUGUUGUGCAAAGGGAAACGAGGAUAAUAGACUGCCACUAAAACUAUCGUCAUCUGUAGCAGUUUGUACGGAGAAUGCCAGCUGCUUGUCAAGUGAGGAAUCGGCAAACAUUAGCAGUGUUACUUCACUUUCUCUGAAAGCUGCGAAUGUAGCUUCACAAUGGUUGGAACUUCUACAUCAAGAUAUACGUGGGCGUCUUGCAGCACUAAGACGCAGUAAAAAAAGAGUUCGUGCAGUUAUUACCACAGAGUUACCCCUCCUAAUAUCCGGAGAGUUUUCGUCUAACCUAGAGAAUGAUAUACAAAUAAUAAAUUCUACUGCUAGCCAUUUCGACCAAGCAACUGCUGAUGCGCACUCUGUUAGAUGGAGCACUAUCUUUGGACAAAUGGAUAAAGCACUUUCCGAAGAAGAGGGCCAUCUGGAGAAUUGGCUGAACCAAGUGAAGGAAAUGCAGUCACAUUGUGAAAUAGGUCUCAACACAAAUAGUUUGCAUCACCCUUUGGACCAGGCAGUUCCUCCAGGAUACGAUUUCAGAUCAGGAACAGCAGAAAAUUCGGACAAGGAUUUAGCUGUAAGGGCUGCUGCUGCUUCGAUAUAUUCGACCUGCAACUUCUUGUUGUCAAGGGAAAAUUCACCUUGUUGCUAGUUAUUAUGCUGAGGUUUCUAACUGCCAUUGAUAUUCUUGACUGGACUUAGAUCAAUAUGUAGUCCUGGUAAAUUUCUUUUAGUAUUGCCAACAUACACUAAUCUGUCAUUUUAUAUUGAUUUUUUUUUUUGGAAACUGCUGAAAUGCUAUCAUGUAAUGUUUGCAAGGAUUGUCAAAUGAGUUUCUUACAUUUUCCAA